AUGCCAGCCAAUAAGUUGAUGAAAGCAGAAAUACCAGAAGCUCAGAUCAUCAAAGCAAGCAGCCCAUCAACACUUAAUCCGGCGUUCAGUCUGCCUUCAUCCAAGAUCCCCUGGCUACCUGAUGAUGUCCGAGUUUUCUUCACAGCCAUGGCUUUGUUUGUUGUUUUGAUGCUUGGACUUCAAUGGGGCAUGAAAGUUAUAGCGGGUGAUGAACUGAGUCAACCCAACUGCAUCAACUACAACCAACACGAUUUCGGUCCGCUCUUAAGAGCUCUUCAUGAGCAUCAUGGUCGUGUUAGACUCAUAUUUGGCUGA